CCUGUAUCCAUUCAGUCAUUAAUUCUGUGAAAGGAGCUGAAAGAGAAAAGUGCCAAUUACCUAUUAGAUCUGCGCAUGAAAAAAGCGAUUAAUAAAUAAAAGAGAUUUUGUCAGAAAUUCAAUGACCUGCGAAAGGAACUGGAACCGAGAGUUGUCAAUCACUUCUGAUUUUUGCUUAAUAACUAUCAGUUUCGAAUAGUAAACUCCCUUUCAUUGCCACUACAGCUUGCAGCAAACUUCGACUUACAGCAAAACUACACAGUGCAACGCAGGAAGCAUGAAAAAAAUGUUGUUUACAUUAAAAGCCUUUGCUUUUGCUCUCUUUAUCUCAACAUGUCAAGGUGGAGGGACCACGCCUAAUUUUGAUUCGAUUAUCACUGGUCGUUGCUUUGAUUUUCAACAGUUUAUAGAAAAAAGAGAUAUUGCUGAGUUAAAAGUUACUGUAAACUGUACAUUAAUGCUAAAUAGGCUGAAAAAAGCUUUCGCAUGGAAAAACCACCAAUGUCCUUCUAACGUCACACAAUCGGACUACGCACCUAUGUUUGACACCAUAAAGAAUCGCCAGAAGUUGGAGAAUAAGGUUCUUCUCUGGACUGGGACAAAAGAUGUUGCACACGAUUUUUCUCAUGUUAAUGAUAACUACGUCACGCUGGAAGACACAUUCGCUGGAUAUAUCGCAGAUGAAUUGACAUGGUGUGGAUGUUCAGCCUGCCUAAAAAGUGAUGGCAUCGAUUAUGAGACUUGCGAGACUUCAGAUAGAAAGUGUGAUCAAAGUACACCGUAUUGGAGCAUGGCGUCUAAAAGGUUUGCGGAAAAAGCUGCUGGAAAAGUUUAUGUUUUGCUGAAUGGAACGAAUGAAAGAAACCCUUACUCGCCCAGGAGUAUAUUCCGGACUGUGGAAUUACCAGCAAUGAAUGAAACAAGAACUGUCAAACAUUUAUCAGUUUUAAUCAUUUCUAGCUUCAACAGGACAAUCAGAACAACAUGUCAGAGUGAAGUCAUCGCCAGCCUUACUUCUGACGCAAAAUCAGCCGGCAUGAAAGUAACCUGCAAUGAUAACCCGAGGGCUGUCAAAUUUGUCCUCUGUGCAAAAUACCCACAUGCUGCAGAAUGCAAAGAAUCAAAUGUUGCAACGAAAGAUAUGUCAUCCAUAAUCUAUAUUAUUGCGCUAUUGUAUGCCAAUAUGAAGUUGUUCCAUUAAAACUAGUGCACAAAUCUUUGUAUUCCUGUGAACAUCGAGAAGCACACGACUUUUUAAUGAAUGAUUUUGCAGGAACAGUAAAAAUAAAAAGCAAAAAGAGCUAUGCAUUAUGAUGGAUGUUUCACACUGCACCAGUCAAUACAAAUGUUUUAGUUAGUUGUGAAUUCUUCGCGCUUAUUAAUUAGUCAGGGCUGGGGAACCAGGGCUGUGAACCUUAACUACCUACAACUUUUUCAGAGAUAGAUAGCUUCUAUAGUUAUCCAUUCUAACACGGUAAAAAUUUAUAAUUUGAAUAGCAUUUUAGCAAACCUUUUUUAACUCCAAAAACCGACCCUUAGCGACCCUCACCAAGGUGGAGCUCCUUAAUCACUAUAUUAGCCCCUCCACUUUUAAAACCUGUUCGUCAGCCCUGAAAUUGGAUUAAUUUGUGGCCGAAUUUCUGUAGACUUGUGAUUUCUUGUUUGUUUGAGUUUAAAAACAUAUUUUUUCACCUUUUGCUAAAGAUGUCAGUAAUAAAGCUCAUCUGUUGUUAUUCCUGUGUUCCAGAAGAAAUACGGGGGAAGUAUUUUUAUUAAUUCACACAACGUAAUUCGGGCUCGAUCCCAGUGCGUGUAUUAUAACAAAGGUAAGAACAAGCCAGGAAAGUAACGUUACAGGCUGUAGCAGCAAAUUAAUUUUUUUGGAGGGGGUGUGGGGGAGGUAGAGAUUGUCAGGAUGAAAAUUUUGAUAAUCCGCUGUUAGAUGGGUAAAGACUCUCCCAUAUUUACCAUGGUUGACAAAAAAUUGAAUGGUUUAGACGGGUGCCCCCCACACAAGCCCCUAAAGGAUUAGACGAAGGUCCUGCUUUAAUUUGUUUUUUGCAGGUAAUUCGUUCAAUGGCAAUACAGUCAGAAAAAUAUUUAGUCGCUUGCAAAUAAUUAGCAAGUCUUCCCCGACAUUACAUCUUGUUUUUGUAUCAAUCGCAUAGGGGUAAAGAAACUAAAAUUAAAUAGGAACUAACAAAAAAGCUAACUAAGUUGGAAAAAUCACACGAUUGACUUUCAUGCACGCAGCAGGAUUGUAUGCAAUUGUAUGUAAUGACAAAGAAAGUAGUACUACAAAUAGAAGGUUAAAAUCCGAGAUCAUGCCCAUAUCGACUGAAAUAGCAGUUAUAUAGCAGUUAGAAAAGUAUUUUCUAAUCAAGUCUAGAACGAAAAGAGUACAGGGUUGUUUCUGGGGCCUUACUUCUUUUUUUGAUAUCGGAGAAAAGUGGUUAUCAAAAAAGCGAAAAGAGAACCGGGAAAUAAGGUUUAUAUAUCAUUAUAUUUGACCUCGGAGGAUAAAAAUAGAGUCCUAUUAGGUUUGACAUUUACUGUAUUGUGUUUUGAUGUAAUUUGCUAGCAACAGAGCACGUUUUAUUCAUCUUAAACCAAAGUGUAUUUACUGGACUAAAUUUUGUCGAAAUCGAAGCAGUUAGACCAAUUUUGAGACUAAAAAAACGCAUUACAUUGGCAAAAAAUUAGCCCUUUAGAUGUCACCAUUAUGUUAAGCCUGCUUCUUUUGUUUAUGUUUUGGCAAAUUUUAAUGGACGAAAAAGAAAAUAAAGCUCACCAGGCUGCUCGUCAUAACCGAAAACACCAAAGACACAUGUUACAAAAAAACGAAACUCGUGCAAAAAGAGGUAUAUAAUUAAAGCGAGGCAAGAAUUAUUUAACCAUGACUGCAAGAGCCUGUUUUACUACUCUCCUCCACAACUAUUUUGCUGAACUACCUAUUUGGUUUUGCCGUUAUAACAGCACCCCCUGAAUAAUGUUACACAUGUUCUUGAACAAAAAUGUUUCGUCAUGUAAACAACGAAGUAAACAACAACAGAUGGAGCAUGGAAUUAUUAUUUAAGUCGCCUGCUUAUAAUUCUGGAUUUAUUGUACAGCAGGAAAGGAGAGAUCGCGAGGUAGAUAUAGAAGCCACUAUGAAUUCUUUUAUCUCAAAGCUGAUUGGUAUCUUACUGCUGUUCGUAUUAACAGUAACAGCAUACAAACCUUGUUGGAGAGAUUGUGAUGGCACCUACCUACAGUGUGGUCAGGUAGCUCCAGAUUCGUUUACCGGCGUCGCUGUUUGUAUACAAAGUUUCAAUGAAUGCCGAGCGAACUGUAGAAAACGCGAAGCGGAAAAAAGAAGUGUUUUUCGAAGAUUUCAAACUUUUAGAAGACAGGCAGACGAUUUGGAUGAUUUUAAUUGAGAUGUGAUACUUUACAGAACAAUUUUACAAGAUUGUUAAAAUAAAUAACAAAAUAAUAAAUAUAUAGAACGAAAUAAUAAGCUAUUAGAGAGAAA